AUGAUAGUCCAAGAUCAGUCAUCCACAAAAUCUUCGAAGUCCCACAAACAUUUGAUCCCCCACAAUUUUUCUGAACCCAAGAAUCUUGAUUUUUCCACAUGGGUCUCUGUAAACUCCUUCAAAAUCCUUAUAAUCACCCUCCUAACACUCAGCGUUGCAGCAUUUUUCUUCUUUUUUCACAACCCCAUCGCCUCUCCAACAUCCUUUUGCUUCCAGAAAUCCCAUCUUUCGAAUAAUCCUCAGAAAAUAAAGAUUCCGAAACUUAAUUUGGAUAAAAUCCAACCUAUUUUAGAUACUUCCUCGCCAUACUCUUCAUUCCAUUCAGAGCAGUGGAUUGUAGUCUCAGUGACGGAUUAUCCCUCAGAUUCACUCCAAAAACUGGUAAAAAUAAAGGGUUGGCAAGUUUUAGCUAUUGGAAACUCCAAGACUCCGAAAGAUUGGAGCUUAAAGGGUGCAAUAUUCUUGUCAUUGGAACAACAAGCAAAUUUGGGGUUCAGAUUGGUGGAUUAUUUGCCUUACGAAUCUUAUGUUAGGAAGAGUGUGGGGUACCUGUUUGCGAUCCAGCAUGGUGCUAGGAAAAUCUUUGAUGCAGACGAUCGAGGGGAGGUGAUUGGUGGGGAGCUUGGGAAGCAUUUUGAUUUGGAUUUAGAGAGUGUAAUUUUAAAGCAGCAAAGGAUUUUUCAGUAUACAAGUGGGAAUUCAAAGAGGACUGUUGUCAAUCCUUAUAUACAUUUUGGGCAAAGGUCGGUUUGGCCAAGGGGGUUGCCAUUGGAAAAUGUUGGUGACGUUGGUCAUGAGGAGUUUUACACUGACGUGUCUGGAGGAAAGCAAUACAUACAGCAGGGCAUAUCUAAUGGUUUACCGGAUGUUGAUUCAGUUUUCUAUACAACUAGGAAGACAGGUUCGGUGGCAUUUGAUAUAAGGUUUGAUGACCAAGCACCAAAAGUUGCCUUGCCUCGAGAUACUAUGGUGCCCACAAAUUCAUUCAAUACGUUGUUUCAUUAUAAUGCAUUUUGGGCUUUGAUGCUUCCUGUGUCAGUUAGCACAAUGGCUUCUGAUGUCUUGAGGGGCUAUUGGGCACAGAGGCUAUUGUGGGAAAUUGAUGGUUUUGUUGCGGUUUACCCUCCAACAAUUUAUCGACACGAUAAAACCGAAGCUUAUCCUUUCAUAGAAGAGAAAGAUCUCCAUGUAAAUGUAGGCCGUUUAAUUAAGUUUUUGAUUUCUUGGAGGUCUGAAAAGCAUAAAUUGUUUCAAAAGAUAAGAGAUUUAAGUUAUUCCAUGGCAGAAGAAGGAUUUUGGAAUGAGAAUGAUGUAAAAUUCACUGUAGCGUGGCUGCAAGACUUGGUUGCAGUUGGUUAUCAGCAGCCAAAGUUAACGGCAAUAGAGUUAAAGGCAAAUGUUGACCUUAGUGAUCGAAAGGAGUAUGUUCCUCCAAAACUACCUUCUAUGCAUCUUGGGGUUGAGGAAUCAUUGACUGUAAAUUAUGAAAUAGGAAAUCUUAUUCGAUGGAAGAAGAGCUUCGGUAAUGUUGUGCUGAUUAUGUUUGUUAGUGGACCCGUGCAACAAACUGCUUUAGAAUGGAGAUUGCUUUAUGGCAGAAUAUUCAAAACUGUGGUUAUUCUGUCAACACAAGCUAAUGCAGAUCUUGCGGUUGAGCAAGGCCAGUUGGAUCAAAUAUACAAGUACCUUCGAAAGAUAUUUGAUAGGUUUAAUAGCACAGAAGGUUUCCUCGUCCUGCAUGACAACACAAUUUUAAAUUACUGGAAUCUGUUGCAAGCUGAUAGAUCUAAGCUGUGGAUUGCCAACAAGGUUCCGACAUCUAGGACAGUGGUUGAUGGUAAGGACACCACAUGGUUCACAAAGCAAUCCAAUAUGGUAAACAGAGUUGUGAGCAAAAUGCCAGCUCAUUUGCAAGUUAAUUACAAGGAAAGCAGUCCGAGCGAGCAGAGCCUUGCUCUGUGUGGUUCUGAGGUCUUUUAUAUUCCUCGUCGUUUUGUUUCCGACUUUGUUGAUCUUGUAGACCUAGUUGGUGAUUUUGAAAUCCACUAUAAGAUUGCUGUGCCAAUGUUUUUUAUGGCUAUGGAUCUACCCCAGAAUUUCGACCCUUUGCUGAAUAAAAUGAUUUACAAUACAGAAGCAUUAUCCACUAGAUCCUUCGAUUUCUACUCUGCUCAAGUACCAGCAGUGCACCCCUGGAUUGUUUCCACCGAGUCUGAUUUUGUGAAAUUGAUUAGGCUCAUGGCGGCAGGUGACCCUCUUCUAAUGGAACUGUUCUAA